AUUCUCGCAGGCUUACUCGCAUCUGUCUGGCUGAUUCAACUUCGCUGAGCUAUAAAAUUGUGGGAAUCCAGCCUGCCAACAUUUGCGGUUGCUUCACAGCACAACUUCAACUAUUAAGAUGUCUGGCGCUGAAGUCGGUCUCGUUCUUGGGGUGCUUCCCCUUCUAGUAUCCGCCCUUGAACAUUUUGAUGUCGUACUUGAUCCAUUGCAACGAUUCAAUGAUUAUGCUCGAGAACUUUCUCGAUUUCAAAGGCGACUGCUGGCCCAAAAGACAAUUUUUCGCUCCCAGUGCCAGCUUCUACUUGUCCCUCUCACUGGUCACGAGAUAGCGAACCAAAUGUUAGAGCUUCUAGAACACGAGAAAUUGUCAGAGGAUGCCUUAAAGAAUCAAUUGGAGCAGCAAUUACGGGGUUCGGCAGAAGCAUGCGUUGAGGUUAUUCGAGCUAUUGAGGAUGAACUCUGUAUAAUACACAAAAAGACCGAAGAUUUUGGUCUUUGGCAGUCAACAGGCGUUAUUUCCAAGAAAGCCUGGCGAACUCGACUGAAGGGGAAGAUCAAAUUUUGUUUCUCCCAGUCCAAUAUUGAGGAUUCCCUUCCACAAGUUCGAGACUUGAAUCAAGACUUCACAGCGCUCUCGGAUCAAACUCUCAAGCUUCUACGUCCCACAAUCUCAGAGUCCCAGUUGACCAAAUCUGUGCAAGCUAUUAAGCACUGCCAAAGGGUCCAGGAAGCCACACUUCAUCUCGUUGAAGCCUUGCAGUUGGCAUGUUAUGUUCAUGAGGAGCAUCAAGCCCAUCUACAAGUAGAGAGACCUGUAUGUGAUCAGCGCGAAGAAUUACAGGAGAACUCAGAUGUGCGUUUUUGCAUUGGUUUGUCCAGGAAAACAGAAGAUCCCGCCCGGUGCCACCAAACCAUGUGGCUUGCGGUGAGGUCAAUAUUUGAAAGUGUGUCGGACCCAAAUCAAGCUUCUACGGAAAGACGAGACGUAAUGGAAGUCUUCUCUCAACUUGGGACUAGUCUAAAGCGUGCAUCAAAUCCUUGUACAUGCACGAGUCUGCAAAAAAGACCCAGGGUGGAAAAUGCGGCAGCUCUAACAUCCUCGUCACUCUCAGCUUCUUCAACUUACGGGCGAGGAACCUGCCUUGGCUGCCAGUCGAGUUCAACAAGUACUGCGUCCUCAAAUUCAGAAACGCAAGUCAUGGGACCACCACGACUACCAAGGUCGUCGAGACCUGGGCCAAACUUCUGCACCGCACACAAUCUCUGCACGCAUAUCUCUCACAUCUCUGGAGGCCAAGGGACGGAAAAUAGUACAAAAGCUUGUUUUGGGCACUUAGAAAGGUCUCCCGUGAUUCAUGAACUUUACUUUGAGAGCCAGAGGAAAGCCACAGAAAUUUCUUGCUCACUUCAAGACUGGGUGAAGGGCAUAGGUGAGAGGGAUCGUACGGAGCAAGUACCGGUAUUUGAAUGUCUCCGUUUGGCAAGACACCUCGCCUUGUUUGUGCUUCAAUUCCACACCACUCCUCUUCUUACCGAAUCUUGGGACGGCAAGGAUAUCGAGUUCUUCGGCUUAAGACCUAACAGCGCUGCUUGCACCGAUGUGGAUCAAGAGAAGAUUCCACAGCCGUUUUUGAAAGUCAAAGUCGGCCCCACCUGUACCCAAAACAUGGAUGUGUCCGAAAUACGACCCGUUGCCCAGAACACUAUACAAAUUCGAAAUCGUUAUCUUUUCCGUUUGGGCAUUAUUUUCCUAGAGCUCGCAUAUCAGGUCCCAUUCUCUCGCUUGGGCAACAGACCAAAACUUCAGCCCCAAAAUGAAUGUGACAAAGCGGAUCAAUACAGCAGGCUUGUGGGUUCGAUACUUGGGCCUCGACAUGCGAAGAUAGUUCGGAAGUGCCUUGGGUGUGACUUUGGCGAAGAUGUUGACUUGGGUUCGCACGAACUUGGGGCGGCAGUGUAUAGGCAUGUUGUUGUGGAGUUGGAUGAAUUGGUUCAUGAUUUUGAGAAGAUUAAAAUUACUGAAUAAACAUGUUACAUUUACGCUACCAAAGAUAAUUCAACCAGCGGAUAUCCGUUGACUAAGGGAAAAGGAACAUCUAAGCUACUCUAGAAAUCUUCCUCAUCAUCCUCUUCCUCGUCGUCCUUUUCCUCAUCGUCCAACUCGUCAGCCUUCGCUACAUAUCCGCCCCUUUCUCAAGCAACAGCCGGACUACCGCCUCAUGCCCUCUCCUAGUCGUCGAGUGUAGCACCCUCGCUCUAGUAUUAUCUUUAGCAUCAAUAUUCACCUUGCGCUCUAGAAAUAGCCG